AUGGCUGAGAACGAGCAUAUCAUGACGACUAGGUCCAAGCAGAAGUCCAGAGUCGACGCAGCCGACCAGCCAGACACCGCGAAUGCCCCAAGUGCCACUAGUUCCAAGCACAUCACGAGAAGCACCUCCAUUACAAACUUCAAGGCUCCCAGCAGAAACAUCGACCUCGAGACUAAUUCGAAGGUCUAUGGAAAGAAGCCUGUCUACAACCCUGAUCCAAACUCAGACUCCGAAGACAACAUCACCGUCUCCAAACCUGUCACUAGAAAGAAACAGGUCUACAAUCCAGAUCCAGGCUCAGAUGCUGAAGACAAAAUCACCGUUGCCGAACCUGCUAGCACCACAAAGCCCAGAGCUUCUAGAGGCAAGAAAGUCCAAGGCAGCAAAUUGUUAGGUUCCAUCAACGACGACAUGCUGGGCCUAGCACUUGAAGACGACAAUGCACCACUCAAAGCACAAGCCAGUACCAGCAAAAACACUGUCACCAAGCACAAAAGUACCACAAAGAAGCCCGAAGCCCCUAGAAAGCAAAAGAACAAGGCUCAAACCUCAGAACAUGAGUUUCAUGAGCCCACUUCUCCCUUCCAAGCCCCUGGACCUCGUGCAACGCACCCUGACUACCCGGACUUGCCUCCUGAAGUCCCUGUCGAUGAUGAAGGAAUCCAAUAG